AUGGGCCGUCACGAGGAGUCCAAAGUGGGAUCUGUAUGGCGUCAUGCAUCGUCCAUGGGUAUCCAACGUCUAGUAGCCGAUGGAAUCAGCACGCGUUUGGCGCUGGCCUACCUAGUAUACUGGUGGAAUCCCUCCCAAGGGUCUUGCCAAGUCAACCAACGCCUGAUCCACGACUGCCUUCGCAGCAAGAUCGGAUAUGUCGGCGCAUUCAAGGAUCACGCGAAUACAUCGCUGCUGGCGACGAAGAAUUCAUUGAUUGGCCGUUUACUUCCGAACGGUCGUAAUGCGAGAUCAACGAACGGAAGCAUUUUUCUCAAUGGCAGUGUUUCAUGA